AUGGCGAACUCUGUUGCUGGCUGCAUGAACAAUGCUACCUACCCUGAUGUCUGGGCGCCUACUUUGAUGCUUGCUAGUCCUAGUGGCUAUCUGGCGGAUAAUGGCGUCGAAUAUGUGGACAGCUUCUUCACUGGUACCAAGGUCAAGCUCUACUUCAACGAGCCUGUUAUGAUUGGUACUGGUAAGGUUUGCUUCCUUGCUUACUCAAGCGCUGGUGUCUUCGACCCCAUCGCCUCAAGCUGCGUUACUCCCGCGGUUUCCGCUACUAUCUCCUCAGCGAUUGAGGCCACGGCCCCCGCUGUCAAGAACAGGAGAUAUUACAUCACCGUUGAUGGCAACGCUGUCCAAGAUUUGGCUGGGAACUACUUCCCUGGGAUCAAUGGACGACGUUUCACUGGCUUCGCUAGCGAACAAGGCAGCUUCCCCGAUCAAUGCCGUGUGAAGCGUACCGAUGAUGCUUCCUACAGCUGGCCGGCUGGUGGUCUACAGAACGCUGCUCAGUUCUGUCAGAUCAGCUUUGUCCGUCCUCUUGGUGCCCCCAUCUCCUACUACCCUGCUCAUGUUAGCAGUGCUCCUAAAACCGAUGCUGCCGCUGCCGCCGUUUCGCUCAGCAGCACUCCGGCUGAUACUGAGCUUUGUUACACCUUUGCUGAGUCCAUCUUCUGGGAUACCUGUGGCUCAUCUACGUGCUUCACAAACGAGUGGAGUUUCAACGCUGUUCCUUCUGCAGUCAAUCUUCAACUCAAAAUCGUCUCCAACUUCUCCAGUGCGUAUGGUACCGUUGAGGCUUUGAAGACUACUUGUACGAGUGCGGAGCUCGGCACCAAUGGUCGGGCUGGAUGUGCUUACUCUUAUCUCGGAACGGGCAAGGAGCAAGCUCCCGGUGUGGCCGUGUCUG